AGCCCCGCCAGCCAAUCACCAUCCGCGCGCCCCCAGAAACCCGCCCUUGCGCUGCUUAGUUUCAGCUGUCGCGAGUGCCUCAUCCAAACGACAUUGGAUUUUGGUUUCAGAUACCCAGGCCGAGGAGAUGGAAUAGAGAGCGGCGCAUCAUGUCUGGAGCCCGCGCGAGAGAGCAGCAGCAGCCUUCCACGUCAUCGUCAUCGCACACUCCAGCCAUUGCCACUCCCGCCUCCUCUGAAGACCGCGACGAGCUCGACUUCCUAGGCGACGACAACGACGACCACGACGACCACGACAUCCUCGACCACGACCCCAUCCACGGCGAUCUCAGCACGCCAUUGUCCUUCAAGCGCAAGCAGAAGCCCGCGCUGCUGUCGAACCCGCUGCGAGUCUUUUCGACGCUCGCUGGCUCGUCAUCCUCCUCGCCUCCGCAGUCGCAUCACAGAUCCAAUGGCCACCAGCACUCGGCCUCUCUCGCAUCGCUGACCAGCAUCGCCGGCUCGCUGCGAGACCAAGUCUUUGGCAACCCCAAAGAUGGCAUCCCCAACGACUGGUACGCCGAGGGCCCCGGGCGGCGCGUCGCCUACGAGGACCUGACGGCCAUCGACUGGAUCUUCGAGUACACAAAGGAGCGGCAGCGCCUGCGCGUCCUGUCGUCGAGCUCGGGCGGCGGCAUCGUCAGCUACAUCAGACAUCUCCUGGACGCUAGCCAGGUGUGGAUCGUGCUGCUGUUGACGGGCUUGGCGGUGGGCGUGAUUGCGGCCCUGAUCGACAUCACGACCGACUGGCUGGGCGACGUCAAGCUUGGCUUCUGCACGAGCGGCCCCGAGGGAGGGCACUUCUACCUGAACAAGAACUUUUGCUGUUAUGGCUACGAUCAGGGCUCCAAGUGCGCGGGUUGGCGGUUCUGGAGCGAGGCUCUUGGCAUCCACUCCGCUGCGGGCAAGUGGUUCAUUGAGUACUUUUUCUUCUUGGCUUUUGGGGUCCUCUUUGCAUACUGUGCGGCACUGCUUGUACAGGAAUAUGCCAUCUAUGCCAAGCACAGCGGUAUCCCCGAGAUUAAGACCGUUUUGGGAGGAUUCGUUAUCCGCAAGUUCCUGGGACCUUGGACAUUGGUGACGAAAUCAUUUGGUUUGGUCCUUGCCGUGUCAUCGGGAAUGUGGUUAGGAAAAGAAGGCCCCCUGGUACACGUAGCUUGUUGCUGCGCAAACGUGUUUAUCAAAUUAUUUUCAAACAUCAAUAACAAUGAAGCACGAAAACGAGAAGUGCUCUCGGCUGCAGCAGCUUCUGGCAUUUCGGUAGCCUUUGGAUCUCCUAUUGGAGGAGUGCUGUUCAGUCUUGAGCAAAUUUCAUACUUUUUCCCAGAUAAAACCAUGUGGCAGAGCUUCGUCUGCGCAAUGGCCGCUGCCGUCAUCCUCCAGGCUUUCGACCCCUUUAGAUCUGGUAAGCUGGUCAUGUAUCAGACAAAGUAUAGCCAUGAUUGGCAGGGCUUUGAGAUCUUGCCGUAUGCCAUACUAGGCAUUAUUGGCGGUGUCUACGGCGGCCUCUUCAUCAAGGCUAACAUGGCCGUCGCUCGAUGGAAGAAAUCAAAAUCUUGGCUCCCCGGCCCUAUAACGCAAGUCCUGGCAGUGGCCCUCCUCACUGCGCUUGUAAACUACCCCAACCAUUACAUGAAGUUUCAAGCUUCUGACCUUGUGUCCAAUUUAUUCACCGAAUGCUCUCAAAACUUGGACGAUCAGAUUGGCCUAUGCAAAACGGGCGUAGCGUCAGCCGGCACCAUUGUACUCCUAAUCUUCGCCGCCUUCGUCGGCUUCCUUCUUUCCACCAUCACUUUUGGCCUCCAGAUCCCAGCCGGAAUCAUCCUGCCCUCCAUGGCAAUCGGCGCCUUGGUUGGCCGAGCCAUGGGCAUCUUGAUGGAGAUUUGGGUGGAUAAUGCCCGCGGCUUCUUCCUCUUCAAAACCUGCGCUCCUGACGUGCCAUGCGUCACACCCGCCACAUAUGCCAUUGUCGGAGCGGCGGCGGCUCUGGCGGGCGUCACUCGCAUGACCGUCUCCAUCGUCGUCAUCAUGUUUGAGCUCACCGGCGCUCUUACGUACGUGCUGCCCAUCAUGGUUGCCGUCAUGAUUUCCAAAUGGGUCGGCGAUGCCUUUUCCCGACGCGGCAUCUACGAAUCCUGGAUUCACUUUAAUGAAUAUCCCUUCCUCGAUAAUAGCGCCGAAGUGGCUAUUCCCGAUGUCCCCGUCGCCGAUAUCAUGACCCGCGUUGAAGAUCUCAUUGUUCUCACCGCCACGGGACACACAAUCGCCUCCCUCAAUAGCAUUCUCGAGAUGCACCCUCACCGUGGCUUUCCUGUCAUUUCGGAUCCUCGAGACGCAAUCAUGCUAGGCUACAUCUCCCGCGCAGAGCUUAGCUACAACCUCAAAACAGCGUCCAAAUCUCCACGCAAUCUUCCCCCCGAAACAGAGGCCUACUUCUCCCACCAACCUCUGGCAGACCCUCGAACGACGCUCGAUCUCCGGCCCUGGAUGGACCAAACUCCCUUAACAUUGCCCUCUCGCACGAGCUUGCACCUCGUCGUGUCUUACUUCCAGAAACUGGGUCUGCGAUACAUGCUCUUCACCGACCGUGGUGUCCUGCAAGGUCUGCUCACGAAAAAGGACAUUUGGUACGUCCUCAACGGCGCGGACGAAACACGGCGCACAUCCGAUUUUUCUGCGCCCAUUAGAGCCGGAGCCCGGACAAGGGAGCAAGAGAGCGGGAUUAUGGACGAGGGUGGAGAUGAGGAGCAGAGAGGCCUCCUGCGGCCGGGAGAUGAUGCAGAUGAUACGGAUAGGGGGUCAAUAUUAUAGAGCGGGAUAUGGAGUUGCAGGAACGUAUUUUGCGAUAUCUAAGAUUUCUUUAGAAUUGUAUUAGAGGAGUAGUUAUUUGACAUUUCAAUAUUUGACAAUAUGAAUGAAGAAGAAGGCUGAAAUUUGGCAUAUAUUGCAUAGUAGUGACAUACAAAAUAGUGCUCAGCUAAU